UACCCACCACUAUGUGUUACGAUUACGAAUUUCUAGUCCUAGCUUUGCAGUGGCCAAUCACCACUUGUAAGCCACCAAACAAUUGUGUGAAAAAUCUUCCUGAGAAUCUAUCGAUCCUUGGUUUAUGGCCAAGUGCAAGGAAACCACCCUAUCCGGUAAAUUGCAAGGGAGACAAUUUAAAACCAGAAAUGGUUGAACCAAUUGUGAAUAGACUAGAGAAUGAUUGGCCAAAUUUCAAAUAUGGUGAAAGUGAUUUUUCACUAUGGGAAAUGGAAUGGAAUAGACAUGGAAAAUGUUCUUUGGACAUUUUCCAUAAUCAAAUAAGCUAUUUUCAAACAACAUUAAGGUUAAAUUCACAGGCUGAUAUUAUGAAGAUACUCACCAAGAAUAAUAUUAUGCCUAAUGACACAACAUUAUAUAACACACAACAAAUUAUUGAUUCCAUAACUAAUGAUCUUGGAGCACCUCAACUGGAGUGCAGUGAAUCUAACCCUCCAGAGUUAAUGGAAAUUAGAAUAUGUUAUGCUCGUAAUUUAUCGUUAAUUAAUUGUCCAUAUAAGCACUUAAACAUUGAUUGUGGAGUACAACUUAAAUGGCCAUCUAAUUCAUCUGAUCUUUUGGUCAAAAAAAAUUCAUCUGAUCUUAAUUCCAUUAAUUUGUACUUCUUGAUCAUGUUAUUUAUAGUGUUUAUAAUGUUAUGUAAUGAAUAA